CCAGAGCCAGAAGCAACAGAACCGACAGGGGAGACACGGCCAGUCCUGGAAGGUAAAUCCUGUCAUUUUCGACGAGCCAGAGGCCAUCGGGCUUGAACCAGGACCACAAUCGUUCAGGGAUCGUCAGAUGUCAGCGUCGUCGUCAGCACCGACGAUGAAAGCUGGCCAAAUGCGAGCUGCGACCAUGUCUGGUAUCGCGCACGAACAGUCGUCGAUUGAUACCAAGUUCUCUUUGUCAACUCUUCGCUCGCAAGACACUAUCACCAUCACCACAUCCGAGCCUCCUCCUCCUUCUCAUCCGAUAGAUACCUCCUCUUCAACGCCUAUUGUGCAUACAACGGACUACCUGCAGCCUCCACCACCAUCAAUACAUGUCCAUCGUCCAACAAGACGGAAUACAACAGGCUCGACGUUACAGACAUUGCCUUCGCGGUUAGGCCCUGGUCCAGGUCCGCAUAUGUCGCUGCAUCCUCAGUAUGGAUCGCAUCCGCACGGCGUUUAUGAUCAAGUUGAUGUCGACGACGUCGCCAGUGACAUUCAGCUCCACGCAGAGAAGAUACGACGCGAACGUAUGGAGAAGCGGGCCAAGCAACAGCAGGCAGAAGCUGCUUUGACGCGGACGGAGACCACCAAAAAGGGCGAGGAUGUACCGCUUGUCGGGAACUUGAUUGGCGAGGAUCAUGUUAACUAUGUCUUGAUGUAUAACAUGUUGACGGGUAUUCGCAUUGGUGUCUCACGGUGUCAAGCCAAAAUCAAGCGGCCACUAACUGACGAUGACUUCACUGCCCGACAUAAAUUCUCGUUUGACAUCGUCGGUAACGAGCUCACGCCAUCAGCAAGAUACGACUUCAAAUUUAAAGACUACGCUCCUUGGGUUUUUCGUUCGUUACGUGAAGAGUAUUUCCAUCUCGAUCCCGCCGACUACCUUCUCUCCCUCACUUCGAAGUAUAUUCUAUCGGAACUAGGCUCUCCUGGAAAGUCAGGGUCUUUUUUCUAUUUCUCUCGCGACUAUCGAUUCAUAAUCAAGACGAUACGGCACAGCGAGCACAAAUUCCUACUUAAGGUUCUGAAACAGUACUACAACCAUGUGAAGGAGAACCCGCAUACGCUGCUGAGUCGGUUUUAUGGGUUGCAUCGGGUCAAACUGCCGAGAGGGAGGAAGAUUCAUUUUGUGAUCAUGAACAAUUUGUUCCCGCCGCACAAGGAUGUUCAUGAAACGUACGAUCUAAAAGGGAGCACAGUGGGGAGAGAGUAUCCGGAGGAGCUCAGGAGGGAUAAGAACAAUCCGGUUUUGAAAGACAUGAAUUGGAUCAACAAGGGCCUGAAGUUGGAGCUGGGCCCUGAGAAGCGUGCUCUGUUAACGGAACAGUUGAGGAGAGAUAAGGAGAUGUUGAAGGCCAUCGAUGUGAUGGAUUACAGUUUGUUGGUUGGGAUACACAACAUGCGGAGAGGGAACCGGGAUAACGUUCGGAAGAACACGCUGAAAGUCUUCGACCCCGAUAUUCCUCAUACUCAUCGUCGCAGACCCACUUUGAGCGGUGGUUCGGUGAACCACCAGCAUAAAGCGAAAGGGGGGACGUUCUCACCGGAAGCCAUUGCAAUGCGACGGGCAAUGCGCGAGUCCGACCCCAAACGUCUUGGCAAGGGCACAAUACGCCUACCCGAGGAAGACACGGGGGAGCGGCAACAUUUCAUCUUUUAUCAAGAUGAAGGCGGCCUACGUGCGACGGACGAGACAAACGAGAACAUGGAUACCAUAUAUUACCUCGGCGUCAUCGACAUCCUCACACCGUAUAGCGUUGUCAAGAAGCUGGAGCAUUUUUGGAAGGGCUUGAGUGCAGACCGACAUAAGAUCAGUCCCGUGCCGCCACCGGAAUAUGCAGAUCGGUUCUUUACAUUUAUGAAGGCCAUCAUGCGGGGUGGAGAGGGGGGCGAGUCUUUUAAGCCUUAAUCUUGCAUUUUUGACCCGGUAUACCGUGUUUCUUUUAUUCUAAUCUAAUGACCCCUCACGCACGCACAAAUUUUUAUUGCUCCUCAUUAUUAUUAUCAAGACGAGGACUCUUUUUGGACAUCCCCGGAUAAUCACUUUGUAACUCACCACUUCUUUUUUGGUUUUUUGGUCUAAUAACCUCACCCUGCGACACUCAUUAUACAGUUGUCCAUUGCCACCCACAUUCCUUUGCACCUACAUAUUUCACCAUCUCUGUCGCUUUU